CGGUGGACUGGGAGGAGCCGGAGGAGGAGGAGGACCACCAGCGGGGUUCUCUUCCGCUGUAAUCUCUUCAGCUUGCAGAAUCUUUCAUUGUGACAUAAGGAGAUUCUGAGGGUGAGAUUUUCUCAGAACAAGGCUUCCAACAGCUACUGGUAGGGUAUGAAGACUGAGGAGGAAGCUACUCAUUUCUAAUAUAACCGGAUCCUUGGGAAGCAUUUGUGGUCCUACCCUUGAAAGGCAAAGGAGCUCGUGUCAUUUGCCAAAUCAGGAACCAUGAGGAAAUAUAUAUUGUCUCAUACCUGGCAGCUUUUGAAGAAGGAACAGGGGAUGUACCGGCUCAUCCUGGAUAUCAUUUUGAUGAUCCGAGUAUGUAAAAUGUUCCGCCAAGGCCUCAGAGGAUUCCGGGAAUAUCAGAUCACUGAGACUGCUCGCAGAAGGCACCCUAUCUUCUCCUUCUGGGAUAAAAAGAAGCAAGGCCGAAUCACAUUUGAUACCAUGGACUUCGUGGCAGAGUCGGGUUACUUCCCUCCACGGGCCAUUGAGAUAGCACAGAAGAUACCUUCGUGGAGGACGGAGCAGGACGUCCAGGCCCUGUGUAACUUCCUGCAGGUCCUGGAUUGCUACCGGAACUACUCAGAGGCCCUGCAGCUGCUUCUGGCCAGGGUCCUCCGCUUUGAACGGUUUGGUCGCAGACGUGUGAUCAUAAAGAAGGGGAAGAAGAGCAGCAGCUUUUAUUUCAUCUACUUGGGCAAAGUCGCAGUGACCCAGGAUGAAGAUGGCAGCAGCGCCUUCCUAGACCCCCACCCGAUGUUGCUGCAGAAGGGCGACUGUUUUGGGGAAAUGGGCCUUCUGAGUUCUUCAGUAAGGAGGGCCACUGUGGUCUGUAUGGAAGAAACAGAGUUCUUGGUUGUCGACCAAGAUGAUUUCCUUGCUAAUAACCUGGACCAUGAAGUUAAAAAGGAUGCCCAGGAUCGGUUUGAGUUUUUUAGGCAUUUGGAGUUGUUACAGUCGUGGUCUGAUGAGAAGCUCUGGAAACUGGUAACCCUGGGGAAGGUGGAAAAGUACUCAUUUGGGCAGCUGGUCUCAAAAGACAUUAUUGAAUCAUCCUCUGUCAUGUUUGUCUGCAGGGGCAGCUGUGAAGUCCUGCGGCUAUUAGACCUAGCGGCUUCGCCUUUCUACCACAAGUGGAUUUGGCAGCAUCUGGAGCUGAUAGAUGACAGAGCUCUGAAGACCAACCUCAAAGAAGCUUCUCCUGUGAAGAGAUUUAAGGAUUUCCAGAUUAAAUCAUAUCCUGUACAGGAUUUUAGCGCUCUGAAACUUCUGCAUUUCCAGAAAGCCUUGGAACAACAGGGGACCACCUUCAGUAAGAAGAUUAAUACCCUAGAAGAUAGUCUCCCAAAGACCUUUGGCCCAAAGAUCAAAUCCCAGAAACCUCAACUGCUGAAUUGUCCCAUGAUCAAAACCAAGUAUGGUGAUAUCCCGAAGGAGGCUUUAGUGGGGGGCUACGUCAAGCUCCACACAGUGGAGGAAGGAGAAAUCAUUGGCCUUCACCAGAUCCUCCUUCCAGACAACCAACAAGACCUGCGGCCCUUGAUCCUCGUGAGCCUGGGAGUUGAGUUGAUAACAGUGCAGAAAGAAAAAUUUUGUGAACUGAUUGACUGCAAGGUAACAGAAAAGUUGUCCAGGUUCAAGAUCGGGUACCCCAGCGAUGACGAUAUGUGCCAGAAGUUCCUCAUGGAGAACAGCUGGAAUAUCUUCCGGAAGGAUCUGAUACAUCUGCUGGAGGAGCCUCGCCGAUGUCCACCACUCCCCCCAAUUCAGUACAAGAAGAAAGAGAUCUACAACCCCAAGUCUCUGACGCUGGAUUUGUGUAACUUCAACAAGAAGACUAAACCUAAUUAUCCCAUUUUUAUGGCACCCCGGAAAAACCUCCCCCCACUGAGGAUUGUCCAGGCCAUCAAGGCACCCCGGUACAAAAUCCAAGAACUUCUGCCUCGGUACAAGAAUGCAGGGGUCCUUGUUUAGACCAAAUAAAGGAUGGAGGCUUGGCCA